AUGACAUUUCCAAUUAAUCAGGCAGUGAGCACAGACCCUGUCCCGGUUAAGCUACACUACGACAAGUCGCAUGACCAGGUGUGGGUGCUGAGCUGGGGCAGCAUGGAGAAGGCCUCGCCGACCCUGCAGGUGGUGACCCUGGCCAGCGGGAGCGUGCUGCACCACACCGUCCACACCCAGCCCGUGGGGAGGCACUUCGACAGGGUCGACGACUUCUUCCUGACGCUCAUCAUCACCCACGUGAGGUUUGGAUUUAUUCUUCAUAAAGAUGAAGCUGCUCUACAAAAAAUUGACCUUGAAACCAUGUCCUACAUCAAGACCAUUAACCUGAAGGACUACGGCUGUGUCCCACAGGCCUUGGCAUACACACACUUGGGAGGGUACUACUUCGUUGGCUGCAAACCAGACAGCACUGGGGCAGUCCCACCCCAGCUCAUGGUGGACAGUGUGACCGACUCGGUCAUCGGGUUCAACGGCGAUGUGACGGGCACUCCGUAUGUCUCUCCAGAUGGCCACUACCUCGUCAGCGUCAAUGAUGUCAGAGGCCUGGUGCGGGUCCAGUACAUUACCACCAGAGGGGAGAUACAGGAGGCCUUUGAGAUCCACACCAACCUGCACAUCUCCGACCUGGCCUUCCAGCCGUCCUUCACGGAAGCGCACCAGUACAACAUCUACGGGAGUUCGAGCACGCAGACGGACGUGCUGUUCGUGGAACUCUCCUCCGGGAAGGUCAAGAUGAUCAAGAGCCUCAAGGAGCCGCUGAGAGCAGAAGAGUGGCCUUGGAGCCCGAAGAACAGGCAAAUCCAGGGCAGUGGCUUGUUUGGUCAGUACCUCAUGACCCCCUCGAAGGACUCUCUCUUUAUCCUGGACGGCCGACUCAAUAAGUUAAACUGUGAGAUCACUGAGGUCGAGAAGGGAAAUCCCGUCAUCUGGGUCGGAGAUGCCUAGAAGCCUCUUAUUUAAUUAUUGAAUGAAAGUUUUCCAGUACAUGGCACUCCAUCCAUUGUUUACCGUUACAGCUUGAUUUUCAAGAUUUAUAACCUAGUCAGACAUAAAUUACUUGGUCAGCCCAAAUAUAAUAGAUUGUUUGUGACAAAGACAUAGGCAAUUCCUAAUACCGGUUGAUUAGAAAUAUUUAACACAAAUUUUAAUGAGAAAUUACAGCAAUCACAGGAUUGAAAUAUAUAAUGUUGUAGAUCAAUAAAAUAGGAUUCAAAUUUCUUUAAAAAAAUGACAAAACUGUAGAGAGUUUCAGAUGACUUAAGCAAAAUUUCAUUUGGCGGGUAGUUUUUCUAUUUUUUGCUCUGUCCUUUUGAUAUGUUUCAAUGAGAAAUAAAAGGCGUCGGGGAACCUUAAAAUUCUUAAUUCAGAUUCUUCUGUCCCACCCACUGUUUAUAAUCUUUUGUGCCUUGAAGGGACUGUUACAGGAGGAAAGGAAGGUCAAGCGCUACAUUCCGGACACCCUCACCACGAAAACUCGCUUGUCAUUAAACGUUGAACAUC